AUGAUUUACAUUUCAAAAUUAAUGUUCCAGACCGGCCUAUUGAUCAAUGUGAUUCGUUCACUCACUACAAGUGUCUCGGAAGAUCAGCGCGAGCUAGAAAAGUCUCGACUGCAGAAAGGGUUUCAAGAAUCUGAAGCUCUUAUAGACAGACUUGUCCGAUCGCACCAGAAAGAUGUUGAAGAGUGCUUGGAUUCCUUCAGAGAUGUAUCAACACGAAUUUCAGCUUGUCGUGAGCGAAUUCACAAUGUUCGAAACGCGCUGCAGACGUGCAAGACUCAUUUAGAAUGUAGAAGAGAUGACCUGAAGAAGCUAUGGCUUGAGAAUUCGCAGCAGAAGCAUAUCUGCGAGUUGAUGGCACAGCUAGAAGAGCUCAAGGAAGCCCCGUCUAAAAUUGAAUUGCUGAUGAAUCAAGGCAAUUAUACAGAUGCUGCGAAGAUAACCAGCACGUCGAAUGAUCUAAUCAACGGUCGACUUUCCAAAAUAGAAGGUCUUAGCCAACUGAGAACUAUGAUUCGCGACGCAUCAGAAACUUUGCGCGGGAGAAUAGUCGAUCAGAUUGUGGACAUACUGGUCGUGGAUCCAUUCGAAAGCCAUAUGUUCGACCUAAUCCAAGCUAUGCCAGAGCAGAAAGUGCAGGAGUCUGAGCAGUGCUCUCGUCUAAGCGAGAAGGCAAAACGAGCUCGAUCAUUGGAUCCAGUUGAGUCUCGUCUUAGAGUUGUGGUGAAUGCUUUAUCAGAACUAGGGGGCGGAUCGUUCGAUAUUGACCGACUGAUGACGCUGUCGAAGGCGCAGAUUGAAAAGCAGGUAGCCGCGUCUGUAUCUUUGAUGAGAAUUCGAGCCUCGAUAGAUGAGAAUCUAGCCGGUGAUCAAACUCACUUGACACAGCUAGUGCAAAUGAUUGUUUGCCAACUAGAGUCAUCUCGAGCUGCACAUAAUGUCCUGGAAAAGAUUGCUUCCGAUUCUUCUGGAGCGACUAUAAUGAAGUCCUACUGGGAAGGCGCUCAGAAUGCUGUAGAGGCUUUGGUUUCGGAUCAUCUUGAUAUCACUCCAUUGGCUGCCAAGGAACCCAUAGAUUCCAAGAAACCUCUGUUUCGCUUCGAUGCUACAGCUUUUGCCAGUGGUACAUCAACAACUGAUCCGAGCAUGCAGGGUCCAUUAGUUGUUUGCCGUCCAUCUGCAUUUAAUAUUGUGCCAAUGUUCCCAUGGCUUCGAAAGUUGAUGGAUUCCAUUGAGAAAGAGACCGGAGAAUCGCCUUGUCAGCUACGGCGUUUUGUCCACUCCUUUGUUAUGGAAUUGUUUGUGGAAAGAGUCAAGGCUGGUCUUGCCGAUCGUAUUGAGAAUGCUUUGAGGAGGUCUGAUAACACUAGAUCGCGCAGCGUAGCUAAUGCGAAAGUGCUGCCCUCUUGUGAGCGCGUUCUGGAGCUUUGCCAAGAGGUCCAUGGUCUCAUUGUUUCCAUGGAUUUAUACGCAGACCGUUUCGCAGCACUUUGGCUUCUUGUUCUCACCGAUUACAACAAAAAUGUCACAGAUAUGUACGAGAGGACUACCAAAUCGUUGAGUGAAGUUGACGGCGUGGCUUCGAGGCGUAAAAUCAGUGCUGCUUGGGCCGCUGAUGAAGACAUCUCGCGCCUUCUCAUGAGCCUGCCUAAUUGGCUGAUGGCUGCUAACGAAGCAACUCCGAACACACCUAGUGUCCCGAACCUUGAAAGCGAAAAGCGAAAUGAGCGUGAAUCAGAAAUUUUGAUUGGAAACCUUGCAACCCAAAAGAAGAUUGAAAGGGCCGAGCUGCUGACAGAUAUGGGUGACGUGCGAGCAUUAGCAGCUCUUCAUGAGAGUUUGCGAUGGUUUGCUUGUGAGGUUCGCGGUCUCAUGGCGAGCCUCCCACAACAUGUCAAAUCAACAUUACGAGGCUGUAUGGUACAAGUCAGAUUUAAAGAUGGACAGAUUACAGACAAUGAACCCGUUCUGGAUGCUAUGGAAGAUUGUAUUGGUCGCUUGGACACUAUAUCAGAUACGUGCCUUUUGAUGUUACAUCUGGAGCUUCGUGUCCAUUGCUUCUUCCAUCUUCUGCCGUUAGCCAGACCAAGGAACGUUAGCGUUCAUGAGGAGCUGGAUCCAGAGGUCAUCGAGCUAGGACGUGAUCUACAGACCUUCUACCAGCUUCUUUCGUCCAUACUUUCGCAGCCGAAACUUCGCUAUAUAUUUGAUGGUUUGGGACAUCUAUGCGCCGCUAUAUUUAUUCACUCAAGUCAGCACAUGCCGCGCUUAUCGGAAGCCGGAAAGAAGCGAGUGUGCAGAAACAUCUGGGGCGUACAACAGCGACUGUCACAAAUAACAUCCAGAAGAGAAGCAGAACUCGACAGAGCCAGAGCCUUCUUCGAACUUCUUGCACAUGAACCGGAUCGCCUCCUUGCCCAGUUACCUGACCGACGUUCACAGUUCACCCCUGUGGAAAUGAACCAUCUGGUUGCCCUCUCGGUUCGCUCUCAUCCAACACUUGCGAGUCAACAUGGUGCUCUUGAGCAGCGGCUGGCUCAACUCUCAUCGUUGCUUAAACAGCCUAUCUAA